AUGACCAUCAUCAGACCUGCAGAAAAUUGGUUGUGCUCCAUAGGCGUUGACUCCAGUUUCCUUCUCGAUUUUGUAUUUAUACGAAAUAGCUAAUCCUCUUGAGGAUUUUGGUAAACUUUUACCUUGUCAACACAAGCCGUAAACCAUGGCGCUCAGCGAUGCAGAUGUCCAGAAACAGAUCAAACAUAUGAUGGCCUUCAUCGAACAAGAAGCCAAUGAGAAAGCAGAAGAAAUAGAUGCUAAAGCGGAAGAAGAAUUCAACAUCGAAAAGGGACGUUUGGUUCAGCAGCAACGUCUUAAGAUUAUGGAGUACUACGAGAAGAAAGAAAAGCAAGUCGAGCUCCAAAAGAAGAUUCAAUCUUCAAACAUGCUGAACCAGGCUAGGUUGAAAGUUCUCAAGGUCCGUGAAGAUCACGUCAGGAACGUCCUCGAUGAAGCUAGGAAAAGGCUGGGCGAAGUCACCCAAAACUCAUCUCGAUACGCCGAGAUUUUGAAGCUUUUAAUUAUUCAAGGACUUUACCAGCUCAUGGAACCCAAUGUUGUGAUUCGGGUGCGACAAAUCGAUCAGGCUCUCGUGGAAUCAAUAUUCGAUUCCGUGCAAGACACAUACAAAAACGUUUGCAAAAAAGAAACUAUUCUGAAGAUCGAUUCUGACAAUUUUCUACCUGCUGAAAGCUGCGGAGGUGUCGAGCUCAUUUCUCACAGAGGACGCAUAAAGAUCUGCAACACACUUGAAUCAAGAUUAGAGCUGAUUGCUCAGCAACUGGUUUCGGAAAUCCGUUGCGCUCUCUUCGGUCGCAACCCGAAUCGCAAAUUCGCUGAUUAAGCGCAUCUAAUCUCACUGCGUACUUCUCGCUGGAACAUUCCCCGCUCUACAAGUAGUUUUAAUUAUUUUAAAGCAAAAUCAAAUCAUGUUAUUUCUUGUGAAAGCGAUUUUACUCUAUUUUAACUUCCGCUUCCGAAGCGCAAAAUGCGAAUUUAUUUUAUCUUGAGCUUCUGAAGUAAUGGCAUGAUAAAGAAAAUUUUGAAAUUCAAUUUCUAAUUUUUCUUUUAUUUGAAAAGAUUGCAAGCCUCGCAUUAGUAACGCAUACCCUUAUUAGGCAAGCAGGUCUGAUAAAACUAUCCCGAAAGUAUAUCCGUUUAUUAAUAAUUAUUUGUGCGUGAGGUUUUAUGGAUUGUUCGAAGAAUUCAAGAUAUCGCAAGAUAAAUUGUGAAGAACUUACUAUUUUAUAAAAAAUAUAACUGUGACUUGUUCGUUUCCAGACGUUGAAUAUUGUUCGUUGUGAUUUGAGAGUAUUUGUGUAGUCUUUAGUCAUAUUCUCGGAUGGUGCUUGCGUAAUUUGUGAAAGAUCAAAUCGUGGAAUUGUGAAUGGAAAAUCGAGAAGGAAUUUCAUCAGGAAUUCUUGCGCCUUGAGAAUGUUCACUUGAGCACACUUAACGUCCUUGUUGAGAAAUGCAGUAUAAUUAUUGUACAUACGCAUAGUUCUGAUUUAAAAAAAAUGUAUAAAAUAAAUUGUAGAUGAAAAGCUUA